GGCAGUGGGCGCUGUUUCUCCUCGUGACUCUCCAGACAGCUCAAAGUUCUUUAGUAAGUAACGAAUAACACAUUAAUCAAGUUCUUUAUUGUAAGAUAAAUGUUAGAUUACUCAGUUCAAUUUGUGAUAUAAUGUGAAAAGCUGCAACUCCUGAUACGAGAUGGCCACCCUUCAGAGGUUCAGAAGUGUUCAUCUGAAGUCCACAUUCAGAUGGUCAAUAUGUCCACAGUACAGCACUAUCAUCACUGCAGUGAACAGACAGAGAUCAGACAGAGCUCAGAUUCAACAUCACUGUAUGCAAAGCAGAGGAUUUGGAGACAUCCCACCCAAUCCGCCACGUUUACCCUUCUCCAGGGUCACCCAGGAUGAUCUUUCCUUCUUUACAAAGCUGCUGCCUGGAAGAACCAUAACUGAUCCAGACUUGCUGAAGUCCAGCAACAUAGACUGGCUGAAGUCAGUGCAAGGUCAUAGUGAAGUCCUUCUGAGACCCAAAACAACAGAAGAAGUUUCUCAGAUUAUCAAGUACUGUAAUGAGCAUAAUCUGGCAGUGUGUCCACAGGGAGGAAACACGGGUAUGGUGGGAGGAAGUGUCCCUGUAUUUGAUGAGAUCAUCCUCUCUACUUCACUAAUGAACCAAGUCAUCACUUUUGAUAGCAUCUCGGGUAUCCUCACUUGUCAGGCAGGAUGUGUGCUGGAGAACCUCUCUCAGUAUCUAGAGGAGAAAGAUUUCAUCAUGCCUUUGGAUCUCGGGGCAAAUGGAAGUUGUCAUAUUGGAGGGAAUGUGGCCACUAAUGCAGGCGGUCUUAGACUGCUGCGCUAUGGGUCACUUAGAGGAACCGUUUUGGGCCUGGAAGUGGUUCUGGCAGAUGGUCGGGUGUUGAAAUGCCUGGCCACCCUUCGUAAGGAUAACACCGGCUAUGACCUCAAGCAGCUUUUCAUUGGCUCUGAAGGGACAUUAGGAGUCAUCACGGCCGUUUCCAUCCUGUGCCCACGCAAACCUAAAGCCAUCAAUGUAGCAUUUUUAGGCUGCGACAGCUUUCAACACCUUCUGGAAACAUUUCAGUGCUGUAAAGUGAUGCUGGGGGAGAUCCUGUCUGCUUUUGAGUUUUUAGACGCCUCCUGUAUGAAACUUCUGGAGAAGCACCUGAAACUCAGCAACCCCAUUGGAGAAUGUGAGUUUUACAUUGUCAUCGAGACCGCUGGAUCCAACGCAACCCAUGAUGACGAAAAACUACAUAACUUCCUGGAGGAGGUCAUGAUGUCAUCGCUAGUGACCGAUGGGACGGUUGCAACGGAGGCAGCAAAAAUCAAGGCAUUGUGGUCCCUGAGACAAAGAGUCUCAGAGGCUCUGACGCAUGACGGUUACACUUACAAGUACGACAUCUCUCUUCCUGUGGAGAAGAUCUAUGAUUUAGUGAAGGACAUGAGGGGGCAUCUUGGAGAUAUGGCCAAGAAUGUUGUUGGUUAUGGGCAUGUUGGAGAUGGAAACAUUCAUCUGGACAUCACCUCCACCGGCAAGGAUCCAGCUCUCCAGGCUGCCAUUGAGCCAUACGUGUACGAGUGGACGUCAAAAUGGAAAGGCAGUAUCAGUGCAGAACAUGGUCUGGGUCUGAGGAAGAGAAACUACAUUUACUACUGUCAACCCUCAGAAGCAGUUGCUCUUAUGGGCGACAUUAAAGCCAUGCUGGACCCUAAAGGCAUUUUUAACCCUUACAAAACUCUUCCAGACCACUAAGAACCUCAGCACACGCCUGAGUCCAUCUACCUGUAAAAAUUGUGGUGUUUGUGUUAAUAAAUUGUGUGAUUUUUGCA